GUUUCUUUUUCUAUGAUGCUUCCAUCGAUCGCAGUUACUCUUCUUAUCAUUGGAACAGCCUCUGCAGAGGACUGCAAAGGAUGCGUCUCUUUGGACUCGUAUUCCUUCGACAAGGUAAUUCCGAAAUUCAAAGCGGCGUUAGUAAAGUUCGAUGUAGCAUUCCCAUACGGGGAGAAACACGAGCAGUACGAUCAAAUAGCCGCAGCCACGAAAGACGCCAACGAUCUUUUGGUAGCCGAAGUCAGAGUGAAGGAUUACGGAAAUAAAGACAAUUCCGAUUUAGCUGCCCGUUACAAGAUCAACUCGGAAGCGUUUCCCGCGGUUUUGCUCUUUCUACAAGGGAAAACAGAACCCAUUCCUUUCGUCACCGACAAAGAGAACCAAUUUACCGCGGACAAUCUCAAGAGAUUCAUCAAAACUAAGUCGGCCGUGUAUCUCGGUUUGCCAGGCUGCGUCGAACAACUGGACAGACUCGCGGAGGAAUUCAAAUCCAGCAGAGAAAAAGAAAGAAAGGAGAUACUGAGCAAAGCAAAAGUUUUCGAAGAAACAUUGCCCGAUGCGCAGCGAGCAGCAGCUAAAGUUUACGUAAAGACCAUGGAAAGAAUAUUAGAAAAAGGCGAUGUAUUCGUUCAAACCGAACAAACGAGAAUAGAGGGUAUUCUGAAAGGUAAACUAUCGAACGAGAAGAAACGCACCAUGGAGGAAAGGCGCAAUAUUUUACAUUCGUUCUUGCGCAGAGACGAAUUGUAAGAAAUUAUCACCUAGAUACAUACAAACUUACCCGUACGUGUUGUUACAAAAAUCUCAACACUAAAUUGCUACAGAAAAUGUUAACCGAUACAUUUCAGAGUUUGUUUGUUUGUUUGUAUCUUACUUGAAACAUUCCACGCUAUUCCAUGUCGUCAUUUAUACAGGCGUGACAAGUUUGGGAAAAUGGAAUUAAACAAAAGUAAAGUAUUUCAAAAUAGUAUCGAAUUCGUAAACAUGUUAAUAGAGCGCAACCACAAACAAUUACAUCUUGACAUCGUUUCGCACACGUUCUGUACCAAAAUAGGAACAUUUCAAGAAAAUUUAAUAAGACUGUAAUCGAAUAAAAUUCUUAUAUGUCCUUGCUCGUAUUAGUCGUUCUCUAUACUAUUUUCUUGUUGCUGUUGAUGUUGUUCAACUCCAUAGAUCCUUCAAGUUACUCUUUUUCUUUUCUUUUCUUCUUUAAUAGUAUAAAUGUUAAAAUAUUUUCCGCUAAAAGAUCACAGAUAAUGUACAACAUUCUUAUAAAUAUUGUCUUAUUCGUAAAUUCGAAGUUUAUUCCACCUGUUUAAUAAAAUUAUUGCUAUAAAGUUUUCCUACGUUACGUUCGAUGCUCAAUAUUUAAGCACAUGCAUGCGUAUCAAUUUACAUCGGAAUGUGUUGUUGUUGUUGUUGUUGUUGUUGUUGUUCUUCUUCUUCUUCUUCUUCUUCUUCUAUGUUUUUUUCUUCUUUAUCAAUGCCAUCAUUUCACCGAGAACGAUCCCUUACUUUUCUUCAAUGUCUUUCACCUGUAAUUCUUCGAGCUCGCGUGAUACUUUCGCUAUGUCAUGUUCCUUAUUUGUUUUUCCAAUUUGGCUAUUUUCAAGUUGUAAACUCUCGUUUUCCGAUUGCUUUUUUCCUUGUUCAUCGUUGUCGGUACUUUCGCUAUAACUUACAUCGCUGGAAGGUUCGCUAUCGCUUUCCACGUGUUUUUCAUCCAUGUCGUUUUUCCCGGCAUAUAUUUCACAUUCGGAACCUACUAUUUUCUUUGCCUUUUCGAAUGCUUCUUUCCAAACAGAUGCAUCUUUUUUAAAGAGAAACAUUCAUUAUAUUAGUUACAUUAAUUACAUCGAUUCCUAUCUCUAUUAAUGUUUCUUAAUAACAAUGCUAAACAUACUUUCCGCGUUUGCAAAUCGUAUCGCGAGCAACUCUGGUUUAAGUUGUUCGUCCGCAUAAUCUGCCAGUACGCUCCAUACCCAUGCUCUGUCGCUGCCACAGUUUGGCUUUAAUUCCAUCCAAGGAGUUAUAAAAUGAUUGGCGCAGAUUUUGUACGUCUUGUCUCUUCUCAUUACAACCCUCACAGUAUUUUUGGUUUUAUGUCGUAGUAACUUUACUUCACCUGUUCCACGUUCCUUCCAUUCGGCAGGAUUAUUGGAUGAAUCGUAACGAUAUAAUUUUGCCCUCCUAAAAAUGAUACACUCGACGUUAAUAGAAAACACGAAUCGUCAGUUUUGUAUAAUAUGAAUGUACAUUUUUAUCAUCUCAACUUCAUCCUCUUCGUUAUUGGACACUUCUAUUAAGGGUAAGGAAAUUAUUGGUUCAAAAUGUAUAUCAUUGUCGGUACCAUCUUCUUCGUUGUCUUGAGAUUCGCAAUUAGCAGUUUUUGUAUCAACAUGAUCCCCGUUUAACUGGAAAAUAACAGAAAAUAAUUUUUACACGCAAACUAAUAAACUAGUUUCGAUGGUACACUAUCGAAAAAAUGCUCAAAAUAUUCGUUCCAAGUUUGCUGAACGCUUAUCGGAAUUAUCAAAGCAUACGCCGAUAUUUAUAAUAGUUUUCCCUAGUGCUCGACGAAAGUGAAAUAUAUGUUAUGCCGGAUCAA